AUGGAACAUCGCAAGCUUCUGCUUCCCUCAACGACUGAUGGCAAGUAUGAGGACAAUGCCAGUCAUUUAGAUUUCGACGAUGAUAUUGGGGAAGACACGGGAUCUCGAACCGGCUCGCCCACAACCAGGAUAUUGAAGCUUCACGCCCUGUUCCUCGUACUGCACAUUGGGGUGUUCUCUGUCUUCAGCAUGGUAAUCCUCUGGGCUGUCAGAGAUUCCCAUGCAUUCGGGUAUGGAGAGAACAGGCCUGAAUGGCUACCGCCAUCUCCCGCCAACGCAGCACUCUCAUACAAGCCGCAGAAGUACCAAACAGAAGCAGCGAGCGGCCCCCUGAUCGGCCAACCAAGCCCCGAGCUUGACGCAGCCUGGGACUCCCUUCUGCAGUAUAGCAACAUCCGCAUCGCAGAGGAAGACCUCUCCCAGCUGGACCGCGGCGGCGAGCCCAACGUCGAGCUCUCCGACGGGGGCUACGCCUGGCUGCUCUGUGAUUACUACUUCCCGGACUUUAACGAGGAGCAGCGGGCAUUAAACAUGCAGCAUAAUAAUGAGGCAGCACCCCCUAAUUCCCUGAUCUACUCCGCCAUAUCGAUUCCCUUCUUUCCGGUGGCGGCAAUGCACUGCAUCAACCAGCUCCGGCAGAGCGUCAUGUGCCACGCCGACACGAGCGUCAGGAGCUACUAUUGGGUCGAGUACGACCGGGUGCCCUCGCUGAACAACAGCCAGCCCCACCAGUGCGUUGAUUUUGAUCGGCUGUACGACUGGGCGGGCGAGCGUUCAGUUGAUCUGCUGGAGCCCGGAUACUUGGUCCAUCCAGUGCACGGGGUGUCGUUUCCUGAUGGGAAGCGGAGUCGGUUGGGGGUCGUGAAUCCGCCUGGACAUGGAUAG